AUGAAUGAUGUCGUCUAUGUCUGGCACCACUCGGAUGGAGGGGAACCGGAUUGGGAGCCCGACAUCAUCGACAAUAUCCACAAUAAUAAAUGGGUUUGUUUGGCCCGCACUGAAUACAAUCUCGAUUGUCACAUACAGGUGCUGACCGACUAUAUGAGCAAAGAAAUAGAGGAGAACUGGACAGACCUGGCUCAUUUCGUGACACUCCACACACCCCUAUACUACCCGUUCAACGCGUUGAACCGUUUCCAAGAGUGUCUCCAGAAGUUUAUCUCAUUCGGCAUCCGAACCAACUGGACGUCUAUUAAUGAGCCCAAACACUACAACGCCAUGGCCUCCAUCGACGCCCUGACCACUAUAUUUGGAUAUAACACGUGGGCCAUGAACUUUCAGUUCCGCCAGGUGGGUCCGGCCACCCUGGUCAUCACUUAUGAUCAGCCAGACCUGAUGGGAGGGGUGUCAGGGUGUUUGGUACAGUACGUGAAUCCCGUUGAACCCAAUAAAGUUCGGUUUAUUUUGAGAAAUUAUUGCGACCGUGGAUUCCGGGCCAGAAUUUUUGCUAAAGUUCUCAACUUCUUCGAGAUAUUUAUGAUCGAAAGGGAUAUGAUUGUGUGGAAUAACAAGAAGUUUGUCAAAAAUGCCAAAUACACUAAAAUGGAUAAACCGAUCGCACAGUUUAGGCGAUGGUAUACUCAAUACUAUUCCGAUAAAAAUGAUAAUCUCCUGGACUGGUAG